UGCCAUGAGGAAGUUAGUCUGUUGCCAUGCGGAAGUAGGCCAGGCAGUACGGAAGAGGCAGCGGUCCAGUCAUGGCCUCUGUCCCUUGUGUGCUCCUCACCAGCUGUGCUACUGGAUUUAACGAGGAAGACCUGGUGACACAGAUCAUUGGAGCAGAAGAGCUCCCUGCACCUGUACAAGAAGCUGAGGAGGUGAGACGGUACCCAUGGAGGAUAGACAACAAAUACUACUCCGCCGAUGUGAAUAUUUGCAUUGUACCCAGCACAGCACAUGUUACCCCUCAGGUGGCAGAGUCCGUCCAGGCCUUCGUUGUAUACUUUGACAGCACAGUGAAGGCAGGUUUGGAGAAGGUGUCGCCUUGGCUUCCGCUGCUUGAAGACUGGUUGCUAGAUGUUAUGAUCUUGGUAUGUGAUCGGGCAUGUGAUACAGGUGUGAGCCGCCAGACUGCUCAGGAAUGGUGUAUACAGCAUGGGUUCGAGCUGGUCGAGUUGAAUCCCGAGGAGCUGCCGGAUGAAGAUGAUGAUUUCCCCGAAUCCACUGGUGUCACUCGGAUAAUUCAAGCACUGAAUGCCAAUGUGUGGUCCAAUGUGGAGAUGAAGAGCGAACAGUCCUAUGGGAUCUUCAGCUCAUUGACCGCCAUGAACCACAGUACAGAGAGUAACGGGGAUCCACAGGAUAAUGUCUCUGUGUCCAGUGGAGCCGCCAUGGUGCCUUCCACGGAUCAAGGGCGUGCUGGGGAGUCCGGCAGCCAUAGCGAUUCUCAGGUUGAUACUAUAGUGGACCCCAUGUUGGACCUUGAUAUUCGAGAACUCGCCAGCCUUACUUCCGGGGAAGGGGACCUGGAGAAUUUUGGACGACUUUUCAAUAAACUUCAGGAAAUGAAAGAUAAAGCUGCCUCGUUACCACACGAUCAACGGAAACUUCAUGCAGAACAGGUUGCCAAAGCGUUCUGGAUGGCUAUUGGAGGGGAUCGUGAUGAAAUUGAAGGCAUUUCUUCUGAUGAAGAGAACUGAUCAGAACAAGCGUUGUAUACACUGCAGAGAUGCCAGGCCUUGGCAUGAGGAAUUCUCCUCACUAUUUGUAUAUUUCCUUCAUAGCAAGGAAUCUAAUAUUUCAUCUCGCUCUAGUACUUAAUCUCAUCUGUGUUCCCAAUUGUGUAUUUAUUAGAAAGAAACCAAUCUUAAUAAACUAUUUUGUAUUCAUUCCAA